GCUUAGGUAGAAGUCUGGCUUUAAAUGAGAAAAGGAAACUUUUUUUUUUGAGACAGAGUUUCGCUCUUGUUGCCCAGGCUGGAGUGCAAUGGCGCGAUCUCGGCUCACUGCAAACUCCACCUCCCGGGUUCAAGCGAUUCUCCUGCCUCAGCCUCCUGAGCAGCUGGGAUUACAGGUUCUACUCAGGGCAAACACUUUGGGUGCCUAAGACUCAUUUCCCCUUUUACCUUGCUGGAUAUAUGGAUAUAUGUGCUCAGAGGUGUUUCAGAUGGUGGAAUCUGAUCAUGGUAGUCCUGGUCUCCUUCCCCCAGGGUGAUUCAUGGUGGCCACGUGAUCCAGGUGUGACCAGUGAGAGGAGCAUCCUGAUGAGCCCACCAGGACAUGUCGUGGAGUCUUCCAUGGAGCUGAGAAGCGGCCCAGCACUCGAAGCCUUCCAUGAAGGUCUCAAAUAGAUAUCCUAUGAGACUACACUCAGUCUGGAGGCUGGGAAGUUUAAAAUCAAGCUGCACACAGAUGAGGUGUCUGGUGAUGGCCCUCUUCCUGAUCUGCUGAAAGCCACCUACUUGCUGCAUACUCCCGUGGUCAGAGUUGGCAUUGCUGAAAUCUGGGCUUCAUUUCCGAGAAGUUUCACAAGUCUGCCAGGGGAAGUCCCUGGACUUCUUGCUGCUUUCGUGUAGGGACAGGCUGUCGAAACCUCAGUGGAUAAAAGACCUAGAGAACGUGCAUCCCAGAAGCUAGCCAAGGAUAUGGGAGCAACCACCAUGGACCCGAAGUCUCUCUGGGCAGGUGUAGUGGUCUUGCUGCUUCUCCAGGGAGGAUCUGCCUACAAACUGGUUUGCUACUUUACCAACUGGUCCCAGGACCGGCAGGAACCAGGAAAAUUCACCCCUGAGAAUAUUGACCCCUUCCUAUGCUCUCAUCUCAUCUACUCAUUUGCCAGCAUUGAGAACAACAAGGUUAUCAUCAAGGACAAGAGUGAAGUGAUGCUCUACCAGACCAUCAACAGUCUCAAAACCAAGAAUCCCAAACUGAAAAUUCUCUUGUCCAUUGGAGGGUACCUGUUUGGUUCCAAAGGGUUCCACCCCAUGGUGGAUUCUUCUACAUCACGCUUGGAAUUCGUUAACUCCGUAAUCCUGUUUCUAAGGAACCAUAACUUUGAUGGACUGGAUGUAAGCUGGAUCUACCCAGAUCAGAAAGGAAACACUCAUUUCACUGUGCUGAUUCGUGAGUUAGCAGAAGCCUUUCAGAAGGACUUCACAAAAUCCACCAAGGAAAGGCUUCUCUUGACUGCAGGCGUAUCUGCAGGGAGGCAAAUGAUUGAUAACAGCUAUCAAGUUGAGAAACUGGCAAAAGAUCUGGAUUUCAUCAACCUCCUGUCCUUUGACUUCCAUGGGUCUUGGGAAAAGCCCCUUAUCACUGGCCACAACAGCCCUCUGAGCAAGGGGUGGCAGGACAGAGGGCCAAGCUCCUACUACAAUGUGGAAUAUGCUGUGGGGUACUGGAUACAUAAGGGAAUGCCCUCAGAGAAGGUGGUCAUGGGCAUCCCCACAUAUGGGCACUCCUUCACACUGGCCUCUGCAGAAACCACUGUGGGGGCCCCUGCUUCUGGCCCUGGAGCUGCUGGACCCAUCACAGAGUCUUCAGGUUUCCUGGCCUAUUAUGAGAUCUGCCAGUUCCUGAAAGGAGCCAAGAUCACGAGGCUCCAGGAUCAGCAGGUUCCCUAUGCAGUCAAGGGGAACCAGUGGGUGGGCUAUGAUGAUGUGGAGAGUGUGGAGACCAAGGUUCAGUUCUUGAAGAAUUUAAACCUGGGAGGAGCCAUGAUCUGGUCUAUUGACAUGGAUGACUUCACUGGCAAAUCCUGCAACCAGGGCCCUUACCCUCUUGUCCAAGCAGUCAAGAGAAGCCUUGGCUCCCUGUGAAGGAUUAACUUACAGAGAAGCAGUCAAGGUGACCUUGCUGCCUGGGGCCUGCUCUCUCCCAGGAAUUCUCAUGUGGGAUUCCCCUUGCCAGGCUGGCCUUUGGAUCUCUCUUCCAAGCCCUUCCUGACUUCCUCUUAGAUCAUGGAUUGGACCUGGUUUUGUUUUCCUGCAGCUGUUGACUUGUUGCCCUGAAGUACAAUAAAAAAAAAUUCAUUUUGCUCUAGUAA